AUGCAUGAAGAGCAAAGAAAAUUUAAAAGUGCAGUUAAGGUGCUUAACUUAUUAAAGUAAUAGAAAAAGUUAGAAAUUGUUAUACAUUUGAAUUAUAAUAAAAUUAUGACAUUAACUAUAUUAAUAUUAGUUGGGCUCAUGCUGUUUUUAACUCUGAUAGGAAUUAUUUUGAUAAAAUUGUUUUGUAACAAAAAAUAAUAGGUGGAAAUUAAAAGUCCAGAAGCUAUUUAAAAUAAUUAACAUAUCAGCUUGGCGAAUUAAGAUGCAAUACCAGAAUCUCAUUAAUCUUAAAUACAAAAGCAAUAAAAUUAAGUAAAAACAGUUAAAUAAUCAAAUAUUCCAAAUAGAAAAAGUAAACAAAAAAAAGAAAAAUAGUUAAUUGCUGAUAUUGCAUUUUAGUUUAAUGAUGAUAGUGAUAACGAAAAUGAUAAAAAUUCUUCAGGAACUGAUUAACAAUAGUCAGUAAAUAUGAGAGAAUAGGGAGGGUUUAAUUUCUAACAAUCUGAACAUAAUUUAGAAGAGUUAGUAACGCCAACUUAAGUAAAUAGUUAAGAAAUUUGA